AUGGCCUACUUUGAUCCAGUCAGACAGACAGAAGUACUUGUAGAUGCAAGUCCAGUUGGCCUGGGUGCUAUUCUUACACAGCGUGAUAGUACUGGCAGUGUUGCUGUUAUAUCACUAGCCAGUCGAUCUCUAACACCUGUUGAGCAACGAUAUUCACAAGUUGAACGAGAAGCCCUGGCGGUGACAUGGGGAGUGCUUCACUACCACUUAUACCUAUACGGACACAAGUUUGAGGUGAUGUCCGAUCAUAUGCCCUUAGUACCGCUUUUCAACAGUUCAACUGCAAAACCUCCAGCACGCAUAGAACGAUGGAUUCUCAAACUUCAGCAGUAUGAUUUUAAAGUGUCAUACCGACCUGGAAAACUUAAUCCAGCAGACUACAUGUCUCGACAUCCACUAUCUUCUGUCAAACCAACCAGCAGGGAAGAGAAAAUGGCUGAAGAACACAUAAAUUCCAUCAUACAGCAUGCUACGCCUAAAACAGUACAGAUUGAAGACAUCCAAGCAGCGACAAAGACUGAUACACCUUUGUUACUGUGCAUGCAAGCCUUACAAACUGGCAAGUGGGAUGAAGUUAUCUCACAGUCUACUAAUACAAAGGAGGAAAACACACUGAAAUGUCUGUACGCUGUGAAAAAUGAGCUAACAGUACAUUCAUCCAGCGACCUACUACUUCGCAAUAGCCGAAUCGUAAUACCUGAAGAUCUACAACAAGCAAUCAUCAAUAUUGCACAUGAGGGCCAUCAAGGCAUCGUUAAAACAAAACAGCUCUUAAGAGAGAAAGUUUGGUUCCCUGGAAUCGAUAAUAUGGUGAAAGAAACUGUUGAGUCAUGUACUCCAUGUCAACUGAACACCGUGGAAGGUGGACGCGAACCACUAAAAAUGUCAGUGCUACCUAAGGGUCCAUGGGAGGAAGUCAGCGUUGAUUUCAGUGAUUUACCAAAUGGUGGACAUAACCUAGUGGUAACUGAUGACUACAGCCGUUACCCCGUAGUAGAGGUAAUAAGUUCAACCGCAUCUAGAUUCGUUAUUCCAAAACUAGAUAGCAUAUUUGCGCUGUUUGGAAUACCUAGAAUAGUUCGCUCUGACAACGGCCCACCAUUCUCCAGCAUUGAAUUUGCAGCAUUUGCAAAAGAUCUUGGUUUCAAGCAUCGCAAAAUAACACCAAGAUGGCCCCGUGCAAACGGUGAGGUCGAGCGAUUUAUGCGCACCAUGAAGAAAAUAUAUCGCAUAGCACAUAUUGAAGGCAAGGCGUGGAAACAACAGUUAUACAGAUUCUUACGUAACUACAGAGCCACACCACACACGACAACCAGUGUACCACUCGCAUCAUUAUUGCUGAAAAAACCAAUGCGAGUACGUUUACCGGAAAUCAGCACACCUAGCCAUGCUGACAGCAAGCUACGUCAAUGCGAUAAGGAACAAAAAACACGUAUGAAAUUAAAUGCGGACAAUCGCGAGAAUACUAACAAGAAGCAAAUUCAAGUGGGUGAUACUGUGCUGAUAAAACGGGAUGGGUACAUCAGAAAAGAUACAACCCCAUACAUCACACAUCCAUAUAGAGUUACAGAUACAAAUGGUUCCAUGAUAACCGCGAUGAAAGGUGAUCAUAAAAUAACCAGAAGCUCAUCUCGUUUCAAAGUGUUGAAGGGUGAACAUGACGGCAAGACAGGCGAAGCAGAACAAGACGAAACUGAAGAGUCCACUUUGUUAGAUUCAACUCCGCCAAGCUCUGCAAGUCAACCUGCGAAUGUUCCACGUCGUGAUCAUCCGCAACGCCAACGUCAACCACCUUCAUAUUUAAAAGAUUAUGUUCAGUGUAGUAAGGCAG